AAGUCAUAUUUUCUCAACUUUCCUACAAACUCUUUUUUCCUCAUAGAGUUUUUUUGCGACAAUUACCUCUCUUCCUCUGAGCAAGAUUCAAUUGAGAAAUUACUCAAUUUCUUCUUCCGGAUUUAGUUGAGCCAUUGUAAUUACUUUCACUUCUUCUCUUUAUUCGUUUGCCUCUUGAGGUUCGAUAUCGGAACAUAUCUACAGAAACUCCGCCCUGAAAUUGAACAGAAGUCAAGAUGUUUCGUUCAAUACCCGCCAGGCGUGCUAUUCGCACAAUUGGUAGCAAUGCAAAAUGGAUGGAUGUCGCUGGUGCAAGGGGUUUGUCGAAUCGUGUGAAGGCGGCGGGUGGUAUUAUGGUUGAGAAGAAGGGGACAAGAGCACAAGCUACUGUUGCUCCUCAAGCUGCUAAUCAAGUUAGGGAAAGUCCAAGUCCAGCAUUCAAUACUACACCUUCGAAAAAAGAUUCAGGCAAGGAAUUGGCCGGACAGGGACAAAAAUACUCGGAGAUGGAUGAGUCAUUUAUCGGUAUGACCGGUGGAGAGAUUUUCCAUGAAAUGAUGUUACGGCAAGAUGUCAAACACAUCUUUGGUUAUGCAGGAGGAGCGAUUUUACCAGUUUUCGAUGCGAUUUAUAAUUCGAAACAUUUCGAAUUUAUCUUACCAAAACAUGAACAAGGUGCUGGUCAUAUGGCGGAAGGGUAUGCCAGAGCUUGUGGUAAACCUGGUGUUGUUCUCGUUACAUCUGGACCUGGUGCUACCAACGUUAUUACUCCAAUGCAGGACGCUUUAUCUGAUGGAACACCAAUGGUUGUUUUCACCGGACAAGUCGUUACAACCGCUAUUGGAAGUGAUGCUUUCCAAGAGGCCGAUAUCGUUGGUAUCUCGAGAGCUUGCACAAAAUGGAAUGUUAUGGUUAAGAAUAUUGCUGAGCUCCCAAGAAGAAUCAAGGAGGCUUUCGAAAUCGCUACUUCUGGAAGACCUGGACCAGUUUUGGUAGAUUUACCAAAGGAUGUCACAGCUGGUAUUCUACGAAAGGCCAUUCCUACCCACCACAUUAUGCCAUCUUUACCCAGUCAAGCCUCAAGAGCGGCCCAGGCUGUUCAAAAGAAACAACUUGCAGGUUCAAUUGAACGUGUUGCAAAAUUGAUCAACAUCGCCAAAAAGCCAAUCAUUUACGCUGGUCAAGGUGUUAUCUCUACCCCAGAGGGUCCCAAAUUGCUCAAGGAGCUUGCUGAAAAGGCAUCCAUCCCUGUCACAACCACUCUCCAAGGUCUUGGUGGAUUUGACGAGCUUGAUGAGAAGUCUUUACACAUGCUUGGUAUGCACGGUUCUGCGUACGCUAACCUCUCCAUGCAAGAAGCCGAUCUUAUUAUUGCUCUUGGAGCACGUUUCGAUGAUCGUGUAACUGGAAGCAUUCCAAAGUUUGCUCCAGCAGCAAAGGCGGCAGCAGCUGAAGGUCGUGGUGGCAUUGUUCACUUUGAAAUUAUGCCAAAGAACAUCAACAAGGUUGUCCAGGCUACCGAGGCUGUUGAAGGUGAUGUUGUUACCAACCUUGCUCAACUUCUUCCAGCCGUCAACAAGAAGACCAUGGAUGAACGCAAAGAAUGGUUUGACCAAAUUAGAUUCUGGAAGGAGAAGUUCCCUCUCUCUCACUACGAAAAGGCCGAACGAGAUGGUCUCAUCAAGCCACAAACUUUGAUCGAGGAACUCUCAAAUCUGACUGCCGAUAGAAAGCAAGAGACCAUCAUCGCUACUGGUGUUGGUCAACAUCAAAUGUGGACUGCACAACAUUUCAGAUGGAGAUAUCCAAGAACCAUGAUCACAUCUGGUGGUCUCGGUACCAUGGGUUACGGACUUCCAGCAGCUAUCGGUGCAAAGGUUGCCAAACCUGAUGCUCUUGUCAUCGAUAUUGAUGGAGAUGCAUCGUUCAACAUGACACUUACUGAACUCUCCACUGCAGCUCAAUUCAACAUCGGCGUCAAGGUUAUUGUCCUUAACAACGAAGAGCAGGGAAUGGUUACUCAAUGGCAAAACAUCUUCUACCAGGAUAGAUACGCUCAUACUCACAGUGUCAACCCAGAUUUCAUGAAAUUGGCAGAUGCAAUGGGUGUUCAACACAGAAGAUGUGUUAAGCCAGAUGACGUAAGAGAUUCUUUGAAAUGGUUGAUUGACAGUGAUGGACCAGCACUCUUGGAGGUUGUUACCGAUAAGAAGGUACCCGUCUUGCCAAUGGUACCAGCCGGAAAUGCUCUACAUGACUUCUUAGUCUACGAUCCAGGUUUUGAAAGACAAAGAAAGAAGAAAGAUGAUAAAAGAGAGAACUUGCGAAGUCUCAGGACAGUCAACAAACCUUUGUCUAAGCCAGCUCAUGCCUUAGAGUACGUGCAGGUUGCACAUGAAUUGGAAGCAAACCUUGAGGAUGGACUCACAGAAGCUGAAGCAGCAAGACGUCUUGAACUGUAUGGGAAUAAUGAACUUGAUGAGGGACCUGGUGUUCAACCAGUACAGAUUCUUAUUCAUCAAAUUUGCAAUGCAAUGAUCUUGGUCCUAAUAUUGGCCAUGGCCGUGAGUUUCGGUAUCGGCUCAUAUAUUGAAGGUGGUGUCAUCUCGGCAGUCAUAUUUCUCAAUAUUGUGAUUGGCUUUUACAAUGAGUUCAAGGCAGAAAAGACUAUGGAUUCUUUACGAUCCUUGAGUUCGCCUACGGCACAUGCUGUUAGAGAAGGGGGAAUUCGAUCGGUAGCUACCGUCACAAUUACUAUUGGCGACAUGGUUGAGGUCAAAACCGGUGACACAAUUCCAGGAGAUAUGAGAUUAGUUGAAAGUAUGAACUUUGAGACCGAUGAGAUGAUAUUGACAGGAGAAUCGCUACCCAUCGAAAAGAAUUCUGAUGCAGUUUUUCCUGAGAAUGCCAGCGCGGGUGAUCGUCUUAAUGUUGCUUUCAGCUCUACCACUGUCACCAAAGGUCGAGCACGCGGCAUCAUAUUUGCAGUGGGUAUGAAAUCACAAGUUGGAUCGAUUGCCGUGAGUCUUCGACAGCAGAGGCGUAAAGUCCGCGAGGUCAAACGUAAUGAGGAUGGCAAAGCUUUGCCGCACAGAUAUGCCCAGGCUGGGCUUCUUACCGUGUUUGAUUAUAUUGGCAAUUUUCUUGGCACAAAUAUUGGUACCCCAUUGCAAAGGAAGCUGGCCCAACUUGCUUGUGGCCUAUUCGUCGUCGCCGUUAUCUGUGCAAUUAUCGUGUUAGCUGCGAAUGGAUUUUCCAAUAACCAAGAAGUCAUCAUUUACGCUGUAGCCACAGGACUUUCGAUGAUUCCGGCUUCUCUGGUAGUAGUCUUAACUAUCACUAUGGCCGCAGGAGCUAACGUAAUGUACAACAAACAUGUAGUUGUUCGCAAAAUGAAUGCCCUGGAAGCCCUAGGCGCCGUUACUGAUAUUUGCUCGGAUAAAACUGGAACUCUUACUCAAGGCAAGAUGAUAACGAAAAAGGUAUGGCUGCCCGCUAGGGGAACUUACUCGGUUGGUGAUUCCGGUGAAGCAUUCGACCCCGAAGAUGGAGGUUUAUUUCACAGCGAAAAGUCUCCACAUCAAGCGCGCAAUGAAAAGGAUGAAGCAAAAUCGGAUUCCUUCUCAAAUCUUCUACAAAACAACGCCGAUCUUCAAGCUUUCCUUAAUAUUGCCUCAAUGGCAAAUCUUGCGCAUAUUCAUAAAAUUGAUAACGAGGAACGAUGGACUUCUGGAGACGCGCCUCAAUGGAAACAAAUCGCCGAAUUCCCUUUCGAUUCUGAUGUCAAGAAAAUGUCUGUUAUUUUCAAACAUGAACGAUCUGAUAGCGCACAGGUUUUCACAAAGGGCGCAGUCGAGCGGAUUCUUUCAUCAUGUUCACAAAUGACAAUGCGAGACGGAGAAGUUGUAGAAAUGGACGAAGGAAUGCGCGAGGAUAUUCUCAACAACAUGGAAGCUAUUGCCGCCGAUGGGCUCCGCGUUUUAGCUUUGGCUGGUAAACCAUGGGAACAUUAUACCGGAAUCAAUGCUAAGCAUGAUCGCGCAGAUGUAGAGAAAGAUUUAAUGUUUCAUGGACUGAUUGGAAUUUAUGACCCUCCGCGAGUAGAGUCGUUGGAGUCGGUGCAAAAAUGCCACCAGGCUGGUAUCAAGGUUCAUAUGCUCACUGGCGAUCAUCCAGAAACAGCUCGUGCUAUCGCAGGACAGGUAGGAAUCUUACCUCAGGAUUCUUCUACGAUAGGGCAAGCUGUCAUGAACGCGAUGGUUAUGAAAGCAAGCGACUUCGACAGGCUCAGCGAUGGAGAAAUUGAUGCUCUCCCAAUGCUACCUCUGGUAAUAGCACGCUGCUCACCACAGACAAAAGUUAGGAUGAUCGAAGCUCUUCACAGAAAAGGAAAAUUUGCUGCUAUGACAGGUGAUGGUGUCAACGAUUCUCCCUCACUGAAGAGAGCAGAUGUUGGUAUUGCCAUGGGUGAAGCAGGGUCGGAUGUAGCUAAGGAUGCAUCGGAUAUUAUCCUUACGGACGACAAUUUUGCUUCAAUCCUUAAUGCUGUUGAAGAAGGGAGAAGAAUGUUUGACAACAUUCAAAAAUUCGUAUUACAUUUGCUGGCGCAGAACAUUGCUCAAGCUUGCACACUUCUCAUUGGUCUCGCGUUCAAGGAUAAUAUGGGAACUUCAGUGUUUCCACUGGCACCUGUAGAGAUUCUAUGGGUUAUCAUGAUCACAUCAGGUAUGCCAGAUAUGGGUCUUGGUUUCGAGGCCGCCGCACCGGAUAUCAUGAAUCGACCACCUCAGAACGGUAUAUUCACUUUAGAAAUAAUGAUAGACAUGGUGGUCUACGGCCUCUGGAUGGCAGCUCUCUGUCUCUCCGCUUUCUCCCUCGUUCUCUUCGGUUGGGGCAACGGUGAUCUCGGCUUCGACUGCAACGAUCGUUAUUCCGAUCAAUGCGAUACCGUUUUCCGAGCUCGAGCAACUACAUUCGUCUGCUUAACCUGGUUCUCUCUCUUCCUCGCUUGGGAAAUGAUCAAUAUGCGAAGAUCUUUCUUCCGCAUGCAACCUGGAAGCAAAAAGUACUUCACUCAAUGGAUCCACGAUAUCUGGGCAAACAAACUUUUGUUCUGGGCUGUUGUUGCUGGAUUCGUAACUGUAUUCCCCACACUUUAUAUCCCUGUGAUCAACCGAAAGGUAUUUAAACAUGAGGGUAUCAGUUGGGAAUGGGGAAUUGUAUUUGUCGAGUCAUUCUUGUUCUUUGUAGGAAUAGAGUCUUGGAAGUGGGCCAAGAGGGUUUAUUUCAGGGUCCAGGCCAGAAAGACAAUCGAUGUGAGAAGCAACGCCGAUGAUGAGGACCCCGGAAUGGCGAUUAUGGAGAUUUUGAAGGCGCAGAGUACGCAUAUUACUAGGAAGGGGACGAAGGCUCAUGUUGAGUUCUCUGAGAAGGAUGGGGAUUUGGAGAGUGGCAAUGUUAGUAAUUAGGUAAAUUAUUCGUUUCAUUUGGGGCUCUGGUGUAUUAGAAGAUGAGGCGUGUGCAAAGGAUCUAAAAGGCUUCUUCUUCAGAGGCGGAUGGAACUUUUGUAUGGUUUUGGUGUACGGCUUUAGAUAUUGAUAAGCACGCGAGUGCAAAGUGCA